CCCAUACAUUCAAAGCGCAAAAGGUCUCUUCUGCGCUGUUUGAGAAAGAUUUUGUCACCUGAUUUUAGAGCUGUCGUGUGGCAGUGUGUGUGCAUGCAUAUCUGUGGAAUAGACUACGGUGUGCAUGAGCCUGUCGAGGAGUGCGCGCGUGUCCACCAAACAGGUGACCUUUGUUUAUGGUCGAACCGACUUUUGACGUUACUUUUCCCCUGUUCGUGGACAAUGAUUGCAGUCCACGGGAAGAUACAUCUAUUGCCUGUUUUCCUUCGAGAGCACUUUUGAAGACAGAAUAGUGGACAAGCAGUAGCCUAUUAUUUACCUUGGGCAGCUCUGAAGCCUCAAUCAUCAUCCAAGUGCUCGAUAACAGCAUCCUGGAACGGACCUCCCAGUUCUAUUUUGCCAAAGUGAUAUUGCUCUCUUGUUUACUCUGAAAAUAACACCAUUGGAUUUGUGUAUUAAAUGUACGGGAUCCAGGAGCACCUGAUAAGAGACGUCAGCGGAUUAAAAGAAAUAACUCUCGGAGAGGAGAUGGAUCCAGUCCGGUCCUGGGUGCGUAAUGUCGGUGUUGUGGAUGCUAACGUAGCGGCGCAAAGGUACAGUAUACCCUCAUGUUCUCAAGUCCUGUGGUAUUUUGAUGAAAUGCACGAGUCAAUCUUUCUUAUUGGCAACUUAGCACAACAUCAAACACUAACGCACAUUUAAGAAAUUGCAUUAAUGGUUAGGCUAGAUGUCUUUAAGCAUGCAAGAGGAGUCGAUGUAUUAUGCACAUGGUUUUAACCAUUUCAAUAUCAAAAAGCAUAUUAUGCUCGGGAAAAAAUAUAAACGUAAAUGACAAAUAGCGCACAGAUCACCAUAUUAUAGCCUAUAGGCUAGCCCAUAAAAGUGACCCGAGGUGCAAAGCAGUCAAAUAUAAAGUAUUGUUGUUGAUUAUGCUCAUGGCUCUUGUGUGAUACUCAUUGACCCUAAACUUCUCCAGACUUGAGAGGAAACGAAAAAGCAACAGGUCGUCUUUGGGAGUAAAGCUGACAAUUGUGUAGAAAAACAUAUCUCAAGCAUCCCUGGCUUUCUGUGCGCUGAGAGUGCGGCUUGUCCGAGGUGCGCGCUGUCAAUAGCGAGUGGGGCUGGUGUCACGAGCAGCUUGAAAGGGAUACAACAAAACACAACAAUAAAACAAAAACGCGUUCUGUCACAAAAGCGACCGCCCGGGCCGGAAUAAUGUUAUUUUAGUGAGGAUCCCACCUCAUGGCUAUUGAUUUGUAGGCCUAUAGGACGCGCAUGAAACGCAUUUGACGGUUGGAAUCUGUUAUUUUAUCCAUGUUGAAUUAUCCACUAAAGAUUGUAUAUCUCCAUUCAGAAAUUCUCUUAUCGCCAUAUAUUAGGCCUAGGUCUAUAGCUGCUUAGGCCUAUAGCCAAUAUGACGGUUUAAGUUGAUGAUAAUAGUCCCAGUAAUAAUAAUAGGCCUAAUCAUAAUAACAAUAAUAAUAAUGAUAGUAAUAAUAAUAAUAAUAAUACAAUUAUAUUGGCUUGUCUACUGAAAUAUUAAUCAGUAGACAAAGUCAUAUUCAUAUUGUCAUCUAUUUAUCAAAAAAUCAAUUAGCCUACCAUUAUCUUAUGCAAAAGUUUUUCAAAACAUUGACAUUGUUUUUCAUACUGGUUUAAAAGGAACUUUUGUGAAUUCUUAAUGUUAAAAUACUCCAGUAGGCUACAUCUACAGGCUGUUAUGAUAGCCUUGGUAUAAAUUAUAUAGCCUUCUUUUCAAAGGAGAACAUGCAAAAAAGUAAGCAUGCAGACAAUGUAGCCUAACAUUAAUUUCAAAGGUGUAUUUGCCCAAAUAAACUGUUUUUGGGAUACAGAAGAACAAACUUUUGUGAUAAUUUGCAAGCCUCCGUUAUUCGAUUAAAUAAGGUUAUGGCUGAUGUUUCAAAUGAGCGUUAAUCAGAUCAAGUCUUUUCAUAUUUUACAUGUAUUUUAUGCAAUCGAAACACGUCUCGAGUCAUAUGUGGAAUGAAACCCUUUUCAAUUCUCAAUUGUCACAUCACGAAUAUCUACUUUUCAUAAUAAUCACCAGAUAGCAGAUAUAAUAUAACUUUCACUGAAAGUUCUCUGAUGCUUCUCAACCUGUAGGAAAAUUAGAAUUGUCCGUCUUCUUCCAAGCCUAAAUUAUGCAGCGAUAAAAUAAUGGAUAAAUGUAGGCUAGACACAAUUAUCCUAUCAAAAGUACAUGUUCAUUUAUGUCUGACUUUGGAACUUUUUGUGCUUGCACUUUUCAAAGGUCAAGGAUGAAGGUCAGCAUGAGUGCCAAAAUAACUUUCACAGUAGGCCUAUAAGAAAAACGUUUUAAACUUCUUCAUAUUUUGCAGCGUCGAAAAAAACACAGCCUUUAUCUCACCCAGUGUAAGAGGCGAAGCAUCAAUAAACAUUCAGUGUUAAUUAAGCUGCAGGCCUUCACGCUUGGAGCAAGUCAAACUUUGACCCACCCAUUAAUUACAUAAACACCCCGCCAGCACUUCAUGCUAUUUUUUGGGACAUAUCAACAUUUUGAUUUCAUUCCACCAUCGAUAAUUCGCGAUUUCCUAGGUAGGUCAUGCAUAGAAAGUUAGUCAUUGAACCCAAUGCUUUAAAACGUUUUGUAAGCGAUUCUUGAAUUGUUGCUAACAAGUAAUCUAAAUUACAGUUUGUGAAAAUUAAGCAUAAGAUGAUUGCAUCAUACAGAUAGGCUACAUAGGCUAUUUAUUUUUAAAAUCUUAAUUAAGCAUCUAAAUCAUAUAGGCUAUAAUUGCUUUAAUGGUUUUUCCACAUUGUUGGUUCAGUGAGUAUUUUUCAAAACUAAUUUACUCCAUAUUGCCAUUCCUGACUAAUUCAUGUUACAAUGUUGAAUCUAGAAAUGAAUGAUUCUGUUGUAGUCUAUACGUUUUACCUUAAUAAACAGUGAUUGGAGUUGUAAGAUGUUUUGCUAUGUGUGACUGAGGAUUGUGAUGUAGUGUGAGUGAAUUUCCCUCUCCUCUCCUCUCCCAUCCUUUCCUUUCCUUUCCUCUCCUCGCCUCUCCUCUCCACAGUGGUGUAGCUCUCUCCAGGGCCCACUUUGAGAAGCAGCCCCCUUCUAACCUGCGCAAGUCCAACUUCUUCCAUUUUGUCCUGGCACUCUAUGACAGACACGGACAGCCUGUAGAGGUGGAGAGGACUUCCUUCGUGGACUUUGUGGAGCAGGACAAGGUGUGUGUGUUUGUUUGUUUGUUUGUUUGUUGACUGUGAGUAUAUUUGUGUGUAUUUCUCCAUAGAUUUCUCUUUAUUAUGCAGGUCCUCUGUGUUCGUUAUUAUUGAAAUCAAAUCAUAAGUCUCAAGUUAGUUUCCAUAAGUUUACCAGAGAGAGUGAAGAAAAGGUGGUAGCUAUUACCAUAGAAAUAGAAUGAAGAUUUCUAUGGUUAUUACAGCAAUACAGCAAAGCUUUAAACUGACCACAUUUACACAACCCGUAGCAGGACAUUUCUAUGCAGCCAGUAGUUUACAAGCGUUUAACUUGACCUUCCACAUCCCCCAAUAAAGCUGAGCAUAUUGAACAGCUGACAGCUCACUCCCAAUGAGCUGAUGAUGAGCGAUUGAAAAAGAAUACCUAAUGACUAAUUAGCAGCCUUACUCAUUAGUGGGACAUCACUACUUUUAAAAAUGCAAAUUACACUCACCUCUGUUAAGUUUUACCCUGACUACAUCAUCAAAGUCUCUUUUCCUCCCACUCCCAUGUACUAAAUACUGCUGAGGGGAGAGAAGUAAAUUCCUCAGGUCAGACAUUGGAGAGAGCGAGAGAGAGCGAGAGAGAGAGAGAGAGAGGAGAGAGAGAGAGAGAGAGAGAGAGAGAGAGAGAGAUAGAGCGAGAGCUAUAGAGAGAGAGAGAGAGAGAGAGAGAGAGAGAGAGAGAGAGAGAGAGAGAGACGGUUUUGUUUUACACACAGAGAGAGUGUCAGUGCUAAUGCCAGGGCUGAGGGCUGUCAGUGUUUCCCCUAGCGCCACACACACAGCCAGGGCAAGGCAGAAUGAUAUGACGGCUGCAGAGGAGUUCAUUUUCUGCAUGGUUAACCUGGCAUCUGGUUUUGUUGUUAUUCAGAGGUGGGAGGGUGAUAAGGGGAAAUAAAUGUUCCUCUGUGUAUAUUUACUAAACAUUAUGUUCCAGUCUCUACUGUAUACUGUCGAUUUCUCUCUUUCUUACUUUCACUCAUCUCUCUUAAUAUGUUCAUUUCUUUCCUUCCUCUCUUAUCUCUGUCUUCCUCUCUUUCUGCUGAGAGAUGAUGGCUCCCUGGGUUAUUGGACCAGAAAGCAUUCCUUUGAGACCAGUUAGGGAGAGACUGGAAAGGGAGAGAAAGAGAAAGUGAGGAAUAAAAUGAAAGAGGGUGGUGUAGAGCCAAGGGGAAGAAAGGAUGGAGGAAGGGAAGUUUCUCUGUCAAGGUCGACUGCUGCUCACUCUCGCAGCACUAUAGUAGUUUCCACUCACUGAAAUAUCCAGAGUAGGCCUACACACACACACACAGACACAUUAUGCACAUGCACACAUACGUACGCACACACAAGCUUGUGCGCACAUUCACUGUUGCAUAGCAUACAUGAUAAUGGGUACACUAUAUUGUAUUUGAUCAUACAGAUCCCACAGCUUUAGGAUUUCACAUCAGAUGUGCUGCAGUUCAACUUCUAAAAAGAGGAGCUAACUCAAAGUUAAGUAUCCAGCUCUGGAGCCCAGUGCAGGGUCCCAUCUGGGGGUUUGAGCCUACAACCCUGGGAUCCCCACACCACUACACCACUCCCAGGGAAGGAUGAAGUGCACGAUUAGAGGAGCCUGACUGUGCUGAACUGUGCUUAGUGAUGCCCAGCUGUACUUAACUGUGCUUAACUGUGCCCUCACCGGUGCUAUAACUGCAUGACUGCAUCUGUUUGUUUGUCUGUUUGUCGUCUCAUUCCAAGGAGCAGACGGGAGAAAAGACCAACAACGGCACGCACUACAAGCUACAGCUCCUCUACAGCAAUGGUGAGUAGACCUUCAAAUCAACAGCCAUAGCAUCGGAUAGCAGCAUGUCCCAUUCAUGUCAGUGUGAGAACGUGGGCACUCUGGUAUUGAUAUGUUCCGUGUGGUUUCAUUUCUCUUGAUUCUUUGUCCCAGAGACUUUUUAGUGUCUGACCACUUCAGAGUGGGAGGAGGAACAGGUUGUCCUGAGCCAGACCACUGACUAAACACCAUUCCGCAUCUCAAUGGUAUGGUCAUGGAAUGGACAUGAUAUGGACAUAACCACUUCUCAUGCAUUCCAAAUAUGAGAGGAAAAGCCCACUUGAAACCCCCACCCCUCUCUCCCAGUACUCUUCUCCCUGCCUCUUCCUCUGCCUCUCAUCCCACCUCACCUCUCUUCUAAAUAUCUAUCCACUCAUCCAAUUGCUGAGUUCUUUGAGCCCCAGAUUUAGUUGUGUGUGAAGCUGCUUCCUUACCCAUAAACAGGGAAACAAAGUACACAGUGCCCCACAUGGUGUUACAAAAUCAGAUAAGGGAUAUGCAGAGAGAUUUUUGGUUCCCAUGAGCCUCCACUGCCCCUCCUCUGCCAUCGCCGUGACACCCAUGGGAGAUGAGAUAAAAGACAUGUACCAGAAAGACCCCCACCACACACACACACACACACACACACACACACACACACACACACACACACACACACACACACACACACACACACACACACACACGACUGCCUCUGCACCCCACUUCCCCUUCCCCCUAGUGAUAUCAAAGGCCUCCUGAUUGAGACUUUGAUGAAAGGAACCCGUUUUAAAAAGCAAUACUCUGCAUAGGCUUCAUAAAAUAAUCCCUCUGAUAAAACGUGCUGCUCUUCAGUCGCAAGGCAUUACAUCGACGGCAGCCUACAAGGAUGUAAAACCAGUGGGUUUGAAGCACCCAGAGACCAAAGGUUCAGGUGUUUUCUAAAAGCAUGCUGGGAGGCUCUCUGUCAGAUCCCAGAGCCCCUAAAGCCCUCCACUGCUCAUCAUCUGACCUGUAUGGAUGACCCAGGGAAUGGCCAUUAUGGGAAUCAAAUAAAUGUCCAGUCAAAAACACUCAUAUCCCAUGCCUUCAGCAUUAGGUUGUCUUUGUGAGAUUAGUCUAGUUUCCUUUAAUGAUUGUGUAUGUGUCUGUGUGCAGGGGUUCGUACGGAACAGGAUCUUUAUGCACGGCUUAUUGACUCCGUCACUAAACAGGUAAGGAGCCCUGUUUGCUUUGACUGGAUUUAGCCUGCUGUGGAACUCAUGCUUACAGCUUGAUUGAUUGCACAUGAAAUCUAAUUCCCCCAUCACCCGCUCUCCCUCUCUCAGCCCAUAGCAUAUGAGGGACAGAACAAGAAUCCUGAAAUGUGCCGGGUUCUGCUCACUCACGAGGUUAUGUGCAGGUGAGUCACACACACACACACACACACACACACACACACACACACACACACACACACACACACACACACACACACACACACACACACACACACACACACACACACACACACACACACACAAACACACACACACACACACACACACACACACACACACACACACACACACACACACACACACACACACACACACACACACACACACACACACACACACACACACACACACACACACACACACACACACACACACACACAGACAAAGGAAAUCAUAUCCUUAAAAAUAUCCAUCACCCCAUGUCUUUUUGUUUUGUCUUGAUGUGUCUGCAUGUAGUAUGCCAUUUGAAAAUAAGACUGGGGUUGAAGUGAAAGUAUAGCCUGUCUGUCUUCAGGCUUCUUACAGUGUGAGCCCCUUGCUGCCUUCUCCUUUAGCCCCUGAGUCCCCCGCCAGAUCCUGUUUCUCUCUGGAGCAUCCCUCACAGACUUUCUUGAACCUCCACUGAAACAUGUUCAGGGUAUAAUUAACCCCCCCAACCCCCACCCCCAUCACCACCCCAGCCCCUUAUGUUUUACAUGGACAAUGGUCCACAUAGGAACCCUGUUGAAACAUAAGAAUUAGAGUAGUUUAUCUGAUUUCUAACAGAGUGCAUGGAAACUAUAAGACAGUGUGGCAGCAAUGGGUCAGGGUGAAAGAAGAGGGCUGCUGUUAUGGUGCUUUUGGAAGACUGGGCUUCCUCACUAUGCAUGCUGUGUUUUUGGAGGUAUGUAGGUAGGAAGAGAGGGACAGAGAGAGAGAGCAAGUGAGUGUUGGGGCAGUGACCCAGGGUUUGAGGGCAGGAGGGGGAAGGAGAGGGGGGUUUGGCAGGGGAAGAGGGGCUAAGACUGAGUGGGCUUUGCCAUUGUAUAGCCAGCAGAUGCCCGAAUGUGACUCACAGCUGGCUAAUAACAGAGCCGGGGAGGCAGAGGGCAAGCGUCACAGCUGGGGAGUGAGGCCGUCUGACAGGGGGGCGGCGGGGGGGCAGAGGGGGGCAGGGCCAAGCUGGGACACGAGAGGGGUGAAGUGAGGUGUAGGAGUGGCAGAUGGUUAGGGGUGGGGGCACUUUUUGUUAUGCAGCGGAGGGGACUUGGAGGGGGGGCCGGGGGGCCAGCAGGCUUCACAGACAGGACUGCUGACGAAUUGUAGGAUGCUGAGUGUGUGGGUGUGUUUGUCUGUGUGUGAUUGGGUGGGGGUUGAGUUUGAUUUCGAAAUCAAUGUGACAGAUUGCCAGGCUGGCUUUUCACUUCUGAAUAAUCUCUGUUUGUAUGGUCCGUUGUUGUACCUUUUCUCCCCCUUUCUUUUAUUAUUUUGUCUCUUUUUCCCCUCCUCUCCUUUGGCCCUUUUUGUUUCCCUGGAUCAGUGCAGUCUGGAAUGGUGGACAGGCCAGUGGAAAAUCAGUCCUGUCAUGCUGGUUUGUUUCACUCACUGUGUUGUUUUGUUUUCUGGUUGUUCUUUUGGAACACAGUCGCUGUUGUGAGAAGAAAAGCUGUGGAAACCGCAAUGAGACGCCCUCUGACCCAGUCAUCAUUGACAGGUAA